AUGCGUGCCACUACCAUUGUCUUUGCUUUCAUGGCCAGCGUUGCCCUCGCUGGACCCGCAAGUUGCCCAGUCAAGGCUCGCCAGAUGGAGGGUCUGAAAACGGUAGCAAUUGCAACGUUGAUGGUCUUAGCUGGAAUUGCAGCACCGGUAAAUGCACUGCUCAAAGCGGCGCUGGUGACGGCACGCCCUGCGGUGGCCGCGACUACGAGAGCAUCAGCUGCCCCGGUACUGGCUAGAUACACUCGAGAUGUCCCCCUCUAUAAAUGGAGGUACGACUAUGACGCAAUUAUUUAUGCGAUUUAUGUUGGAGGACGUUACGAUGCAAUGGUUUACGACGUUAAAGAUGUUUGA